CAAGACCCUUUCCAGGAAAUGUAUCAGGUUUAUAGAAUGCACGAUUCGGAGUUGGAUUGAGAGGAAAUAUCACCACACGUAUUAAUGAUACCAGCUUAAACGAUUUAUAGCAUGUCGGGGAAUAUAAUCAUGCACUUUGAACACGUAAACGCGCUAAUUGUGAUCAACGUGUUCAUGUAUUGUGGGCAACAACUUGCUUCAGGUCUGCCCACCAUAAAGACCAGUUCCGGCAGUGAACGGGCGAAUUCACCAUUCGAAAAACGAAAUAACUACUUCAAUAAAAGUUACAAUUUGCCUUCAUUGAAAACUUCAAAUAUUUUGAUAAGCGACAAGCUACAGACCACCGGGAAUCCGGCUGCGAUUAAUGGCCCAAAUUCCAUCAAAGAAAAACCUACAAGGAGCAGUGUUCGAUACAAGCAAAAGGACCAGAGGAACUCAGAGGAAACUUCACCAAGAUUUGUAAAAUUCGAUACUGGUGAAACGAUUCGCCUACGCUGUCGCAUUUUGAGGGGGCCCUAUCUGAUGUGGAAUAAACUUGGCCUUGAUUAUCCUCUGACAAUCGGCACCCGGCGAUUUUCACCCGAUGAGCGUAUUCGUAUACAGUAUAAAGCCCCAGACAAAUGGGUGCUUACCAUUGCGGAAGCAAAACUCACUGAUAGUGGUGUUUAUACUUGCACAACCAGCACCAGUUCCGCUCCAAGUGAUCAAUUUCAGCACCUGUGUUCAGUCGCAUCCAAAGAUGGUAUGGUCGCAAAGGCCGAAUACGCCAACACAUCUUGUCAAGAGGAAAACAGUGGUUCAGUGCACGACAACCAGUCAAACAAGAAAGGCUCCAACGAAUACUAUGUUACAGUGGGUAAGCAGAUGUGGAUUUUUGCUAUUGGAUCGUGACCGAACCUGAACUGAGAGACAGAUACCAAGUUGAUGUUCCUGCGAAGGACAAAUUACUUGGACGUAAACAAAUUACGGUCACCGGGCCGUUACUUGUAUUCUAUGGAACACCCUUAGAACUUAUAUGUCGGGCAAGUUUUCCCACGGAUGAAGCGAAACUGAACCCAAAAAUUACCUUGGAAUGGUACCACCGCGGAGUGAGACGACGUACUCACCCGACACGUUCUGGUGGUAUAUUCAUCACAGAGCGCUGGAUCGAUUCUCACAUAUUAGAAAGCAGACUGCUGGUGACUUGGGCAAGUGAAGCAGAUGCUGGACAGUGGAUCUGCCUCGAUCGAUCUGUAAAUUCACCUGGUCGUGGUAACAUGGUCAAAGAGCAAAAUAAUUCGGGUUUUAGAAAUGAUCGAAGGGAUGAGAUAAACUUUUUGCCGAUGAAUCCAAAUUUUUCCUUGAUCAAGGACCAAUUGUCUCCAGUUGCGCACUCCAAAGCUGAUAUUGAGUUUGAUCGAAUCGACGUGAUGGUUAUCGACUUACCGGACCCAACAUUGGCAGUCACCGCCACUCCAGUACCAGCUUAUAUGCCCAUGAAUGAUCAGGCGCCUCAGCCGACAAAACAAAAUUUAACAGCUGUUGUAGCCAGGGCAGGUUCUUUAAGGGGAUCUCCACGACUUUCCCUUCGUCCAGGAAAUGCAGUUCGUCGACCAUCAUACUUCGUACGUCUGAUUUCAGUAUGUACAGUUCUCACUGUGACCAAUCGGUUCCUUGUUCGAACCUAGACACAGCUUAUUUAGUCUUCAUCAACCACUAAUGAAUGUUUGGCAUGUACGUAGAAUGUAAUCUCCCCUACCCAACAGAUGUGAGAAAAUGCCCAAUUCGCUUUCUUAUGCCUUUGUACAGUAAAUCCAACAGAAUUACACUUGUCACUAUUUUAUUUUCAUCUUUACCUACACCCUAUAUAUGCUUUUCAGCAUCGUAGAUAAGUAUUACAUUUUAUGUACAUGAACAUGUGGUGC